AAAGCACCAAGAGAUGCUCCGAGCGCACACCGCUUGCUUAUCAGCGCUCCACCGAGCACUGUAGGCACCACCACAGCCCACGACGACGAGGCCAAGAGGAAAACAGGCUCGUCGCACAAGGCGGCAGCCAAUCAGCGGGCUGGUUUCUCUUCAGCAUCUCGGAGGGACCUGAGCCAUCGAGCGGACUUGAGCUCAGGCAGCGGGGAGGAGAAACACUUCAAGGCUCCGCGACGCGCAAUUAUGGUUUUGUGAGCUAGACAAGAGGAAUUACGACACCAGCACAAAGAGAAAACAAAAGUCAGCUAAUCCAAGCACUGCACAGAAGGAACCAAAUUCCUGCACUAGCAUGGCAGACCACAAAGACAACGCAGAUGAUUUUAAAGUCCAGACAGCCAAGCAUCCUAACAUGAGCUCGGCCCCUUUACGGCCGCAUAGUGAACAGUCUAAAGACCGAACCUCCAAAAGGCUUUCAACUGAGUCUAAUGGGACCAGUGAAGGAGGUAUGGGGUCGUCCACGCCAGUGGAGUUGACCGCUUUGGAAGAGGCGUUCCGGCGCUUCGCCAUCCAUGGGGAUACUCGCGCUACUGGCAAGGAGAUGCAUGGCAAGAACUGGUCCAAGCUCUGCAAGGACUGUGGCGUGAUUGACGGCAAGAACAUCACCCUCACUGACGUGGACAUUGUCUUCAGCAAAGUCAAGAAGAAAUCCUGUCGCAACAUCACAUAUGAUGAGUUCAAGGUAGCACUUGGAGAGCUGGCCAGGAAGAAAUACAAAGACAAGACCACAGAAGAGGCCGAGGCCGAGGUCUUCAAGCUGAUUGAGGGGAAGUCACCUGUCAUUUCAGGAGUCACGAGAGCUGUGGCCUCACCGACAGUCAGCCGUCUCACGGACACCACCAAGUUUACUGGGUCACACAAGGAACGCUUUGACCCCACCGGCCGCGGGAAGGGUAAGGCGGGACGUGAAGACAUAGUCGACAAUUCCGGAUACGUCUCGGGAUACAAACACAAAGGGACAUAUGAGAAGAAAGUGAACAAAUCCACAACGGGCAAACCCAUGUGAGGGCGAGGAUGAGGAAAUAAACAUUUGAUCAACUACUAGGAUAAUUUUCUAUUAAAAGAGUACUCAAAGAAAGCACAAGAGAAUAGGAUUUCAUAUAUUUUCCCACCCAUCUAUUUUGUGCGUGUGUGUGUGUGAGAGAGAGUUUUGGGUUCCUCUCUUUGUGAAGUGUGAGAACUGGAAAACUGUUUACAUCUAUUUUUACAAAGUCAUCACCAGCUGGUACAUUCUUGUCUGACUGCAAGUCACUGCCAAACACUGACGAGAACAAACGAGAGCUACGCUAUGAAUACUGCAUCUUUGUUGUUAUGAUAGGGCCUUAUAAUAUUUAUUGAGCACAAUAAACAACUUGCCAAGAAAAACAAAAAUGGGACAACAGUUUGAUGAGUUAAUAACAUUGCACUUUUUAUUGGGAAUGUUCGAUUCCCAUAUUCAGCUUAAGAGAUGCAUUUCUAUUUAUUUUUUCAGUGACAAUUGGCACAUAUUUUUGACAUGAAUAACUUUUGUUUCUUUUGAAAACUCAAACCGUUACUCUACCAUCCCAACUUGCUGAGUCUUUUAAAAGUCUGCAAUUAAUUUUUGUUUGAUUUUUUGGCUCACAUUGUCAUUUGAAUAAUUUGCCUUUAGCACCCACGCAAAAAUAUUAGAGGUUUUGUCAACCUGUUAAAUGUUUUUUUUGUUUUUGCAAACACACAAUUUAGUUCACCAUUAGACUUCUUUUUUUAUUAUCUGCUGCCAUAUCCUUUGGUUUUUGUUGAUAUGUAAAACAAAAAUCCUACCAUGCAAACCUUAUGGACAGGCCUGCUUAUAACAAUAAUUUAACAGGAAUUUCCUUUUUUUUUCCUCUCUUAAACUGUCGAUAUCCAGACCCUUCACACAAACCACUUUGCUUAUCUGCUUUCCUGAAUUUUAAAUUGGUGAUUUCAGCUGAAGAAGGAAGCUCUGACCACAGUAGAUGAGCUCAGUUGUACAAGAUUGUAUUUUUAACAUUUUACUUAAACUUCCUCAUCAGAUUUCUAUAUAGUAGUUCUAAUAUAUUUGUGGUUAAGAUUGUGUAUAUUCUAAAACGUUACAGCCACAUGAUUUUAUUUAUGACACUGGCUUCAUAUGUUGUUGUUUUUUCUGUAUUGCUGUACUUUGUGCAUGUUAUGUAUAUUGCAUUUGAUUCAGAAGCAUAUAGAUGACGGUGGGAGUUUGUCAUAUCUGAACUGCUGUGCCUGCUGUGAGGUCGGACUACUGGACAGACUUAAAUAUUUUCUUGCUAACAAAUAUUAAGUGAUGAAAUUGUGGGAUCAUGAUCAAAUUGUGUAGUGCUUGAAAUCAAUAUGUAUCAACUUGUACAAAGUCAGCUGCGUUCCAAUGCUACUAUAUUUGUCUGUUGGUAAAGAAAAAACAAGUACCUUUUAUGUGUGGUACUGCUAUCCAAGGCACAAACUGAACUGAAAACAAAAGCAGGGUUUUACUCUUGUUACAUACUAUAUGAGAUAAAGGGAAAAUUGCAACCAAAUAGUUUACUUUUGUAGAAUAUUUUUCCAGCAGUGACAUUUGUCUCACAAGUCACACGUUACCUGUAGACUCAGCUGAUGAAGAAUCAUGCAUCAAGAGCAAACCUAGCAGCUAUCAGUGUGUUGGUCUUUGUCUGCUGCAGUAAUUCAAAUAUGAUCUGUUUUCUGUGCUUAAUGCCAAAUACUGUGCACCUUUAAUGUGGAGGAACAAUAUUGUCUUUUUUUCCCCUUUAAAAUAACUUUAAUUCACUAUUGUAUCCCCAAUGCAUGCAGUGUGCUUUUGUUCUUGUUCUUUAGGCCUCUUAAUGUGUGUUCAUGAUUUGUAGUGCAUUAUUAUUGAAAAUAAAAAAAAAACAAAAACAAAACACAACCACACCUCUGAACCUUUGCUGAGCAAUGUAGGUCACAGGGUGUCAGUCAAAAUGGUUUAUAUUCUCACUGCAUUUUCUUACUCUGUGAAACUCAUCGCCUGUAGCACCUACCAGUGACCCGCAACAUCCACAUGAAACCAAAAAUUGCAUCACGUUUGUAUAGCAGCAGCCACAUCCUAACCUGGUUUGCCAGGUCUUGCAUUAGUGUUUCAGAAAGGAAAGCAUAUGUGUGUGUAGCUGUCCGGCCCUAAGGCAGAGGUAUAAAUAAAGUCACAGUGCAGCUGGAAUCUAGAUGCAUUCAUUCCACUGCAGCAUACAAAGCAGAUGGAGACCUAAGUGACCUAAAAAAUGCAG